GCGAUUGUCUGUGAUAUUUCUAAAAAAAAAAAUUAAAAAAUCCUUGUUCUUGUAAUGUGAAAAUUAUAUUUUGUUUAAAAAUUAAUUCAAAUCAAAUUUAAAAAUAAUACAACUUAAGUGAUAUUGAAAUAUUGGUUAAUUUAAGCUUGGUCAUCUAAAAUUCUAAUUAUAUACUAUGUCACACGUAACUGACAUGAAAGUUCUCUUCUCUAGGUUAUUUUCUAUGAAGAAUGGGCUAAACAAUCCCAGAUGGUGGAUCAGAAAGUACAGCCAUGAAGUGGAAAAUCCUGCACAACCAUUACCAAAAGGCAGUGUGACCCCCCUUCCUCCCUUGUCUGAGCCAAUAUCCAGUCUACCACCAGUGAUCUAUUCUACUGCCAAGUCUGAAGAUGCUGUCACAGAAGUGACCACAUUGAGUAACGGUCUCAGGGUAGCAUCAGAAAAAAAGUUUGGCCAAUUUUGUACUGCUGGUGUUGUGAUUGAUUCAGGUCCACGAUAUGAAGUGGAAUAUUCAAAUGGUAUAUGCCAUUUUCUUGAAAAAUUAAGUUUUGGGGCAACACAUAAAUUCCCUACUCGUGAUGUCAUGCUGCUCGAGUUGGAGAGGCAUGGUGGUAUUUGUGAUUGCCAGGGCUCCCGUGACACUACCGUAUAUGCUACCAGUGCAGAUUCUCGGGGUCUUGAGGCUGUGACACAGGUAUUAGCAGAAGUGACAUUGAGGCCACAACUCUCCACAGAGGAAAUAGAAUCAGCUAGACAAGCAGUGGCGUUUGAAUUAGAAACACUGUCAAUGAGACCAGAACAGGAAACUAUUUUGAUGGAUAUGAUACAUGCAGCUGCAUACAAAGACAACACACUUGGAUUACCAAAGAUUUGCCCAUAUGAGACAGUUAUGAAAAUAGACAGGGGCAUCAUUGUGAAUUAUCUAAAGAACCAUUACACUCCUGACAGGAUGGUUGUUGCUGCUGUUGGAGUAGAUCAUGAGCCAUUUGUAGAAUAUGUCCAAAAAUAUUUUGUGGACACAAAACCUACAUGGCAUUCUGAUGACACAUUCAAGCCAAAAGUUGAUAAAACUGUCGCAAAGUAUACAGGAGGAAUGCAGCAGGAUGAAUGUGAGAUCCCUUUGUAUCCUGGCUCUGAUUUGCCCGAAUUAUCACAUGUUGUCAUUGGCCUAGAAAGUUGUUCGCACGGCGACGCCGACUUCGUGGCGACGUGCGUGCUCAACAUGAUGAUGGGCGGCGGCGGCUCCUUCUCGGCCGGCGGGCCCGGCAAGGGCAUGUACACCAGGCUCUACACCAAUGUGCUCAACAGGUACCAUUGGAUGUUCAACGCGACCGCUUACAACCACGCAUACAGUGACACAGGUCUGUUCUGUGUCCACGCCGCGUCGCCGCCAAACCGUAUUUAUGACACUUCAAUAGUGAUUGCUAGAGAGCUUGCCAAUAUGGCAGGGAAAGUCGGCGAUGCGGAAUUAAGAAGAGCCAAAACCCAACUUCAGUCAAUGCUGUUGAUGAAUUUGGAAGCGAGACCCGUGGUGUUUGAAGAUGUCGGUCGCCAAGUGCUGGCUACUGGCAAACGAAAACCGCCAUCAUUCUUUAUCAAUGAAAUAGAAAAAAUAACAGCUGAAGACAUAACCCGCGUGGCGCGGCGCAUGCUGGGCGGGCGCGCGGCGGUGGCGGCGCGCGGCAAGCUGGCGCAGCUUCCCGCGCUGCAGGAGAUCCAGGCCAACAUCUCCUCCGUCGGCGACGCGCCGCAGGGGCGACGCAUCAACCUCUUCCGCGCUUAGUUACGACAUUCACCGACAUUACAUUGUUAAAUAAAUUUAGAGUUCUAUUAUA